AUGUUCGUACUGAGUUUGUUUUUGGUGUUGGAUAUUGUUCAAUCUUCUUCAUUUAGCCAUUCCAUCUUUACUGUUAUCGUCGGUUCCAGGAAUAUCACCAUUGAAGGCGAAAAUCUAAAAUCAUUUCUAAAAUGUUUGCGCUGUGACAAAGUAAGCAGAUGUACCGCGGAUAUAUUUAACAACAGUUCUGGUAGCAGUUAUCGUAUUAAAACUGUAGGCAAAGAUGGAAACAAUCCAAUUGAAACAUUCAGGACAUGUUCCAAAGAAGGGGAUACACUCAUUUGUAAAAAUCUCCAAACUCCAACCUUAACCUGUGUGAGAAACAUCACAAUAUUAAAUAGUUCUUUAAUCGACGACUGUCCAACACCAAUCCUUAGCUUAAAUAUUAAUGAAUCGCAAUUACGCUUUAACUUGGAUAGAAAAUAUUUCAACAUCACCUCAUGCGAAACGUUAAAUGUAUCACUGAGAACUUUAACAACACCACAAACAACUACCACAGUUCCCAUUUCGGAUUCUCACAGCACCGUUGGCAUAAUCGUUGGUGCGAUAAUCGUGUGUGUUGCCGUUAUUAUCUGCUGUUUCCUAUGGAGGAGAAGAGCAAAUAGAGGAAACAAGUCUACAACGGCGGAAACAGAACAUCAUCAUUACUUUGAAAUAGAACUCGAUGCUAGUAUACAACACAAGAAACGAAAGAAGAAAACAGAAUCCAACAUGGGAGCUAACUCCGUAAAUCCAUACGCAAUUACCCCGUGUAAUGGAUAUACAAGUAGUAACCUAGACAACAAAAGUAAUGAUACUCACAAGCACUCUGCCUUUGUAUCUAAAAUUUCUCUGAAAAACGACAUUACUAAAGGAAUAAACACUGAUAAUUAUCAUGCUCAUUACUAUAGCAUGCCGAAAGAUGAGACUGACGCUGAUAUAUGUUGUAAAGACAUAAAUCAUAAGACUGUGUUGGACACACAUGUGGACGCAUGUAAGACAGACUCACCUAAGACUUACACAUGUAAGACAGACUCACCUAAGACUGACACAUGUAAGACAGAAACACCUAAGACUGACACAUGUAAGACAGACACAUCUAAGACUGACACAUGUAAGACAGACACACCUAAGACUGACACAUGUCAGACACACCUAACGUUUACUCCCAUCUUGGGCAGACGAUGA